CGGAAAUUUGCGGGCGCGCCGGAAGUUGAGGGGAGUUUCCUGCGAGCUCGGCUUCCUCAACAUGGCAGCGCCCUUGUCAGUGGAGGUGGAGUUCGGAGGCGGUGCGGAGCUCCUGUUUGAUGGUGUUAAGAAACAUCAAGUCACUUUGCCUGGACAGGAGGAACCCUGGGACAUCCGGAACCUGCUCGUCUGGAUCAAGAAGAAUUUGCUAAAAGAGCGGCCAGAGUUGUUCAUCCAGGGAGAUAGCGUGCGGCCAGGAAUUCUGGUGCUGAUUAACGAUGCCGACUGGGAGCUACUGGGUGAGCUGGACUAUCAGCUUCAGGACCAGGACAGCGUCCUCUUCAUCUCCACUCUGCAUGGCGGCUGAGGGCCCUUCUCUGGGCCUGGGCACCCUUAGAGGGAAGAACAAAGCAAUCAAACAUCCCCCGGGGCCCUGCUUCCAGGUCUCCCUGUCCCCCUUGGCUGCCUUCUUCCCUGCUCUGUCUCCCAAGCUCCCUCCAGGCAGGGAAAAGAGGCCAGGUGCUAAAAAUGAGCCUUUCUCAAGCACGUGAGCAGGGGAAGGCAGGCAGGCGCCAGAGCCCAGCACUCCGUUUUCCAGCAGCUGUGGUGGGGGAGGGUGCCCCUCUGGUUUGUCAAGAGUGGAAGGGGGCUCUGUGGCCAGGUGACCUGGCUACCUUCCGCUCCUUGUACCUCAAUCUAAACAUGGAGUGACCGCUGACAAGGAGCUCCAGUCCCAGAGCCAGCGUCUUCACAGGGAAGAUAAAUGGACCUGAAUAGCUGAAGGGAGGCCCCUCCCUACCCAAAGAUUGGAGGCAUCUCAGCCUCAGUUUCCCUGUCUGGACAGCUGAGGGCUCUGCCUGUCCCCUGCUGAUACCAUUAUAGAACCCCAGCUGGGGUCCCCUAUUCAUGCUGAGCCCCCCCACCCAGCAGCUGCUCCUCCAGCCACACCCUUCCUUCUGCUCCCCCGACUCCUAGCCCUUGACCCUGGCUGGCCUCCCCCUCUCCACAGGCCACCAGAUGGGCUCCUGAGACCCUCCCUAAGCUGCCUACAGCUCAUUCUGCUGGAGGUAAAGAUGAGGGGAGGGAGUGUGUUAAAACUUGGACUGGCAAGUAGAAGCCUGGGGGGAUCUGUGUGCCUCAGUUUCUUCCUCUGUAACAACCGAAUAUUUAUAGUGGCCAAAAACUGGGGAGAUACUUGAUGGCACAAAUGUCCAUUUUCUCUUCCUUCCCAUGUCCUGCAGGAAGCAGGAUGGGGCAGGCAGCACCUGGUAGGCAGAGUGGUUUGCCCCUCCUCCCCUUCCCUUCUGGAAGUCUUGGGGCCUCAGUGCUUGCAACAGCUGGCCUUGGGCAAAUAAAAGACUAGGUUGUUUGCUAGC